UUCACAGUGCUCUUGGCCUGAAGAGAGCCUGUUUCAUUUUUCCAACACAACAAGAAGAAAGCAGUCUCAGAGAAAGCACCUUGGAUUCAAUGAGGGAGCCAGAGAGGGAGGAGCAGAUUGAUCCCGACAUGCCUCCCAAGUUUAAGCGGCACCUGAACGAUGAUGAAGUGACCGGCUCUAUUCGAAGUGAGAGGCGGAACCUACUGGAGGAAGACUCUGAUGAAGAGGAAGACUUCUUCUUACGAGGACCGACUGGACCCAGGUUUGGCGGUCAGAAUGACAAAAUCAGACAUGUGCAGUCACAAGUUGAUGAAGUGAUCGAUGUGAUGCAGGAGAACAUCUCAAAGGUGAUAGAACGGGGAGAGCGCCUGGAAGACCUGCAGGAUAAAUCUGAGAGCCUGUCAGACAAUGCAUCUGCAUUCAGCAGUCGGGCCAAACAGCUACACAGGAGGAUGUGGUGGAAAGACAUGAAGAUGAAGAUGAUUGUGGCGUUAGUGGUAGUCAUACUGCUACUCAUUAUAAUCAUUCCAGUCAUACUGAAGUAUCACUAGUUCUCAGGUGGGAGGUAGGAGGCUUUAACUGUUCUUUUACCCUCCUCCUCCUCCCUUCCUGUCAUUUCUCAGAAUGUGAAACUGCUGGCCCCGUAAUUCAUCUAAAGCUUCAGGAGGAUCGUCUUCAUAAGAAAGCAGCAGAGUGCGUGUGUGUAUGCACGUAUGUAUGAAUGUGUUGGAAUGUGUGUCUGAGUGAAAGUUUUAUGGACCCUUCAUUGAUUGACAACAACAAGGUCAAGGUGAUGGCACAGCAUAUCACUGUCACGGCGUAAAGUGAGGCGUCACGCACCAGUUUAUUCACACGCACACAAACUCUGCUGGACACUCUGCUUUAUUCAGAAACUUAAGUUAUUUAUAUACUGUUGUCUAAAAUAUUUGCACAUUCCAAAACCAUCUGCAUUCUGCAUUAAUAUGAAGUGUUUUCCCACUUCUGGGAAGGCUUUCCAAAAGGUUUUUUGAUCUAUUUGCCCAUUUAGUCAAAAUAGUGUUUGUGAUUUAAGCCACUGAUAUUGGAUAAAAAAAGGCCUGGCUCGUAACUGACUUUCCAAUUCAACCCAGAGUUCCUUUUCCCAAACUGACACCUAAACAUAGUAACUAGCAGAGAUGUCCACAUACCUUCAGACUGAUGAUCGGUGUUAAUAUUUUUUGUGUUAUUUUGUGUAUUUAUGACCAAUCAGAGGCCAAAACCAUUGUACCCAUGCCUACCAGCAAGACUACGAAGCAUAUCCUUACAGGUUCACCCUUUACCUUGAUUUUACCCUUGAAAUCUUGAUUUUACCCUUUUGCACUCUGUAUGUAGUCUAAUAUUCUGUUUCAACAUGUACAACUUUGUCUGGAGAAAAAAAGAGAUGCUUUUAAAUUUCAGCUGCUACUACCAUUUUCAAGUUUCAAGUUGUUACGAAAGUCUUCAAAGCAAGGUUAAAUGAGCACGGUUAAUUGUGGUGAGUUUGAUUUUUAGGUGUUCUAAAGGCACUUCAGUUAAAAUCUAUGUUUCCUUUUAUUAACUGGUUUAAUUCAGAAAGGUACCUUUGAGGGGCAUGCUGGUUUUAUGAACCUUUUUGCUGUAAAGCUAUGCAAACUUGAAUACUUAUUUGACUUGUUUUAUCGACCAGGGGCGAAUUAAAAUCUGUAUAAAACCAUACUGACUGGGAUAUGAACUCAUCUGACACAAAAUGCAUUUACACCGAUCAGCCAUAACAUUAAAACCACCUCCUUGUUUUAUCAGCUCCACUUAUCAUAUAGAAGCACUUUGUAGUUCUACAAUUACUGACUGUAGUCCGUCUGUUUCUCUACAUACUUUGUUAGCCCACCACAGAGCAGGUAUUAUUUAUUUGGUGGGUCAUUCUCAGCACUGCAGUAACAAUGACAUGGUGGUGGUGUGUUAGUGUGUUGUGCUGGUAUAAGUGGAUCAGACACAGCAGCGCUGCUGGAGUUUUUAAAUACCGUGUCCACUCACUGUCCACUUUAUUAGACACUCCUACCUACUUGGUCCACCUUGUAGAUGUUAAGUCAAAGGUUAUCGCUCAUCUAUUGCUGCUGUUUGAGUUGGUCAUCUUCUAGACCUUCAUCGGUGGUCACAGGACGCCACCCACGGGGGGCUGUUGGUUGGAUAUAUUUUUGGUUGGUGGACUAUUCUCAGUCCAGCAGUGACAGUGAGGUGUUUAAAAACUCCAUCAGUGCUGCUGUGUCUUAUCCACUCAUACCAGCACAACACACACUAACACACCACCACCAUGUCAGUGUCACUGCAGUGCUGAGAAUAAACCACACCCAAAAUAUAAACUACUCUGUAGUGGUCCUGGGAGAGUCCUGACCAUUGAAGAACAGGGUGAAAGCAGGCUAAAAAAGUAUGUAGAGAAACAGAUG